AGCCCUAUCGCAAUGGCCGACUCCAACGAAUCCCAGCCGGUCGCCCCGGUCCCUCGCUCCACCAAGCCCGUCAGCGAGGCCCUGCUGAACGAAAAGUGGGAUCGCGCCAUCUCCUCCCUGAUCAUCCGCUCCUCUCUCGGUCUCUCUUUCGGUGUCGUCUUCUCUGUGCUCCUCUUCAAGCGUAGGGCUUGGCCCGCCUGGGUUGGUCUCGGCUUCGGUGCCGGACGUGCCUGGGAAGAAGCUGAUGCUUCCUUCCGUCGGGGUGAUUCCCCCCUCAGAGAUGCCCUGCGUCGGUAGAGCCGCUCAGCAUCCAAUUCUGUAUGAUACCUGUAUAGCUGGGACGGGCACGAGCUAUAUCGAGACACCUGCCCCACCGUUUAGAAGGGUCUUCUAGACUUUCCUACUUUAGCAUUCAAUCCAUCGUCGUGCUAUCUUUUCUA